AUGAACCAAAUUGACGAUGGUCGAACCCUUUCCCCUCUAUUGGACCAAGCCCCAGAGAAUGUCUUGGAAAGUGUGCUCCACUUCCUUACCUCCCGGCACGAUCGCAACGCCGCCUCACUGGUCUACAAGUCCUGGUACCAUGCCGAGGCCCUCACCCGCACCGAGCUCUUCAUCAAAAACUGCUACGUCGUGUCCCCGCAUCGCGCCAGCACCCAAUUCCCCCGCGUUUGGUCUGUGACCAUUAAUGGCAAGCCAUGCUUCGCCGACUUCGACCUCAUGCCCCUAAACUGGGGGUCCACUUCACCCCUUAGGCCACCGCACUCUCCCAAACUUACCACUCAUUCCUCAACAAACUCCACCUCAAACACAUGUCCCUCACUGACCAUGACCUCAACCUCCUCUCCCACUCCUUCCCCUCCUUCCAAGACCUCCUUCUCUCGUGCUGUGAAGGCUUUGGCACCACCGCUCUUGCCGCCCUCACCUCUAACUACAGUCCGUUUAGUGGUCGUGUUACAGAGCAUCGUCGGCAAGCACAUCAACAGGGUUUUCACCUUUGAUAAGGUUUUUGGUCCUUCUACACAGCAAAUGGAUCUUUAUGAACAAGUUGUUACUCCAAUAGUUAAUGAAGUUCUAGAGGGAUUUAAUUACACUAUAUUCGCGUAUGGUCAAACUGGUACGGGAAAAAUCUACACAAUGGAAGGGAAAUGUAAAAAGGCCAAGAGUGGUCCUAAUGGAAAGUUGCCUCUAGGAGCUGGAGUUAUUCCUAGGGUUGUCAAGUAG